CCUCCGCCAGCCUGGAUGCUGCUGCUGCUGCUGCUGCCCGCGCACACUCACACACUCACUCGGAGGGAGAGGCACGCACUCACUCACGCGCCCUCUCACCCCUCUUCCCAUCCCAGGCAGGGCGGCGAGGGCGAGGAAGGAGGCGACGGAGCCCGGGGAGAGCCCGCCUUGGGCCAACCCGGGAGCAGCCCGGAAAAUGCCCGCCCGCCUCCUCAGCCUUCCUCCGCAGCGCCAGGCGCCCCGAGAGCCAGGGGAAGCCGCCGAGCUUGUCUCGUCCCCGCGUUGAAGGCGCCUCAUUCCCCCGCCUUUGGUCUUCUUCUGCCGGCCUGGGGAGACCUCCUUUCCCCCGUCACUCCACCCCAAGAAGCCCCGAGGGAUGGCAAACUUCGGCUCCUCCGCCGCCUCGCCUUGGGAGAUUGUCAAGUCCUGCUGAACAAAGACCAGGGCAAAUGUCAUAGGAUGAACCCUGCUGGAUCACUCUUACUGUCUGUGAUAUCGUGUCUGCUGUGGCUCUCCCAGGCCUUCGACCCAGCUCCCAGCGCCUGCUCCGCCUUGGCCUCCGGGGUUCUCUACGGCUCCUUUUCGCUGAAGGACCUCUUCCCCACCGUCUCCACCGGCUGCUCGUGGACCCUGGAGAACCCCGACCCCACCAAAUAUUCCCUGUACCUCAGGUUCAACCGGGAGGAGCAGGUCUGCACCCACUACUCGCCCAUGGUGCUCCCGCUGGACCAUUACCUCUCCAACGACACCUGCAGCCAGCCAGAGAGCACUGCUCUGCCGCAAGAGCCAGAGGACGGUGGGGAGGUCCGGCUGGAGCUCUGCCAAGGCGGGGGGCCCUUCGCCUUCUUCCACUUUGACAAGAAUUUCGUCCAGCUCUGCCUUGCCGAGGAGCCUGAGGCCGCUAGCCGGUUGCUGCCGCCCGAUGCUGUGGAGUUCCGCUUUGUGGAAGUCCUGCUAAUCAACAACAACAACUCCAGCCAGUUCACCUGCAGCGUCCUGUGCCGUUGGCUGGAGGAGUGCCUUCGCUUGGGGACCGGGCAGCCCUGCGGCCUCUCGCAGACCGGCUGCACCUGCCAGACCCCGCAAGCCUUGCCGGUGCCCCCGCCGCCCAACCAGACGCUCUCCAAUGCCUUGACGCCACCUGCGACCAGCAGCAGCAGCAGCAACCGCGAGUGCUGUGUGACCGAAUUGCAUUCUGGGAAUGCGAAUGAUGUAUACUCUCCGGAGAUUAAAUACGGUGAUGGUGUACAAGAGGAUCAGAAAGUGAAAACCCAGUGGCCACGGUCAGCCGAUGAACCAGGGGUGUACAUGGCACAAACAGGAGACCCUGCGGCCGAGGAGUGGUCCCAGUGGAGCGUCUGCUCCUUGACUUGCGGGCAGGGCACCCAAGUGCGGACCCGCUCCUGUGUCUCGUCGCCUUACGGGACGCUGUGUAGCGGGUUGUUGCGGGAGACCCGGAUAUGCAAUAAUACCGCCAGCUGCCCAGUGGAAGGUCAGUGGCUGGAGUGGGGGGCCUGGAGCCGCUGCUCUGUGUCAUGUUCCAAUGGGACCCAGCAACGCACCCGCAAAUGCAGCGUUUCCGCACAUGGCUGGGCAGAGUGCAAAGGGGCUCACGCAGAUGCUCGAGAGUGCCACAACCCGGAGUGUCCAGGCGACAGCAAGUGGGGGCCUUGGAACCACUGGAGCUUGUGCUCCAAGACGUGCGACACGGGAUGGCAGAGGCGCUUCCGGUUGUGCCAAGGGACCGGCGUGCAAGGCUAUCCGUGCGAUGGCAGCGGGGAAGAAGUCAGGACGUGCAAUGAAAAGAAAUGCCCAGCCUUCCACGAAAUGUGCAAGGAUGAAUAUGUCAUGUUGAUGAAUUGGAAGAAAGCCGCUGCCGGGGAGACCGUCUACAACAAAUGCCCAGCCAAUGCCACAGGUUCUGCCAGCCGCCGGUGCCUCCUCAACCCCAAUGGUGUGGCUUACUGGGGUGCACCCAGCUUCGCCCGCUGCAUUUCCCACGAGUACCGAUACUUACAUCUCUCACUCCGGGAGCAUCUGGCCAAGGGACAGCGCAUGCUGGCAGGUGAAGGCAUGUCUCAGGUGGUCCGCAGCCUUCUGGAGCUUGUCACCCGCAAAACCUACUAUAGCGGGGACCUGCUUUUCUCAGUGGAGAUCCUGCGCAACGUCACAGACACUUACAAGAGAGCCACCUACAUCCCCUCUUCGGAUGAUGUGCAGCGAUUCUUCCAAGUGGUCAGCUACAUGGUGGAUGCAGAAAACAGAGACAAAUGGGAAGAUGCCCAGCAGGUCUUGCCUGGUUCGGUCCUUCUCAUGAAAGUGGUGGAAGAUUUCAUCCACUUGGUGGGAGAUGCCCUCAAAGCCUUCCAGAGCUCCCUCAUUGUCACCGACAACUUGGUAAUCAGCAUCCAGAGAGAGCCAGUUUCUGCUGUUUCCAGCGACAUCAACUUCCCCAUGAAAGGUCGGAGGGGCAUGAAAGACUGGGCCCGCCACUCCGAAGACAAGAUCUUCAUCCCAAAGGAGGUGCUCACCCUCUCCUCGUCUGAAACAGAUGAAUCAUCUUAUUUUGUCAUUGGUGCCAUCUUGUAUCGGACUUUGGGCCUCAUCCUGCCUCCGCCGAAAAGUCCCCUUGCCGUCAUGUCCAAAGUUCUCACAGUAACCGUGAAGCCACCAACAAAGGCCAUGGAACCCUUGAUCACGGUGGAGCUGUCCCACAUCAUCAAUGGCACUUCACAUCCACAGUGUGUCACCUGGGAGUACACCAAAGUGGAGGCUGGUGCCGGGAACUGGGACAGCGAGAGCUGCCAGACUGUGGAGACGCUCUCGGCUCACACCAAAUGCCACUGCAGCCAGCUCUCCACCUUCGCCGUGAUCGCCCUGCUGCCCAAAGACUUGGCCAUGGAUUCUGGUGCUUCUCCCUCCGUUCCUCUUAUGAUCGGCUGCGCUGUUUCCUGUAUGGCGUUAUUGACUUUAUUGAUCAUCUACGCUGCCUUUUGGAGGUUUAUCAAGUCAGAGCGUUCCAUCAUUCUCCUGAAUUUCUGCGUCUCCAUUUUGGCCUCCAACGUGUUGAUCUUGGUGGGACAGUCCCAGAUGCUCAGUAAGGGUGUCUGCACCAUGACAGCAGCCUUCCUCCACUUCUUCUUCCUCUCCUCCUUCUGCUGGGUGUUGACAGAGGCCUGGCAGUCCUACUUGGCUGUCAUUGGGAGGAUCCGGACACGCCUCGUUCGGAAACGUUUCCUCUGCCUCGGAUGGGGGUUGCCAGCCUUGGUUGUUGCGGUCUCUGUCGGCUUUACUAGGACCAAAGGAUAUGGAACAUCCAGCUACUGCUGGCUUUCCCUUGAAGGAGGUCUUCUGUAUGCUUUUGUGGGCCCUGCUGCUGUGAUUGUUCUGGUCAACAUGCUGAUUGGGAUCAUCGUCUUCAACAAACUGAUGUCCCGGGACGGCAUCUCGGACAAGUCCAAGAAGCAGCGGGCUGGCUUCCAGAACCCGCCCUGCGGCAGCCUGCUCUUGAAAUGCACCAAGUGUGGGGUGGUCUCCAGCACAGCCCUGCCUUCCGCCACAGCCAACAGCGCCAUGGCAUCGCUGUGGAGCUCCUGCGUGGUUCUGCCCUUGCUGGCACUCACCUGGAUGUCGGCCGUGCUCGCCAUGACCGAUCGGCGCUCCAUCCUCUUCCAAGUCCUCUUUGCCGUCUUCAAUUCCAUCCAGGGAUUCGUCAUCAUCACCGUCCAUUGCUUUCUGCGCAGAGAGGUACAAGAUGUGGUGAAAUGCCAGAUUGGAGUGUGCAAGAGUGACGAGAAUGAGAACUCACCUGACUCCUGCAAGAAUGGACAAGUCCAGAUCAUGACAGAUUUUGAAAAGGAUGUUGACCUGGCGUGUCAGACAGUCCUUUUCAAAGAGGUUAACACAUGCAACCCUGCCACCAUCACGAGCACCUUGUCGCGCAUCUCGCUGGACGGGGACGAGGAUCCAAAGCUCAACACCAACUCCGAGAGCAGCAUGGGUUUCUCUACCCUCCCUGGGAACAUCCCGUCCGCUUCCCUCCUGGUCCAGGUGCCCAAAAUGACACACAACGUGGUGAAAGGGCUGAACGAGCUCAACGAGCCGCCCACCAAGAAGGACAUCAACCUCGACACGGGCCGGGGGCCGGUCUACCUUUGCGGCGACAGCAACCUGCGGCCACUGGACUAUGGCUGGCUGCAGCCCCAGGAGGCUGCUAUUGAGGGCAACUACAUGGUGUUGCCCCGGCGGACAGUGAGCCUUAAGCCCUUUGCCAGGGAGGAGGCCAAGUUGAACAUCAAGCUGGAAGAAGCGCCAGGCCUGGCUAAGGGGCGCCACACCAUAGAUGCCAAUACCUACCCCGGCUUUGCCUCCAUGGACCACAUCAACGUCAACUUGAACCAGCCCUAUGGGACGGUCAAGCAUCCCUAUGGCCUCCAGUUUAAGCAGCAUCCCACCGUGCGGCAGAUCCUGGCCUCAGAACUGUCGGAGCGCAGCCGCACGAUGCCGCGGACUGUGCCUGGUUCCUCCAUGAAGGUGGGCUCUCUGGAGAGGAAAAGAUUACGAUACUCCGACCUGGACUUUGAGAAAGUCAUGCAUACACGGAAGCGCCAUUCGGAACUCUACCAUGAACUGAAUCAGAAAUUCCACACGUUGGAUCGGUAUCGAUCGCCGGCAACCAAUGCUGCAAAGGAGGUCACCAGCCCGGAGAGCCGUCAUCAGAAGCAGAAGUCCUGGAACACCUUCAAGGCCAUGACGCUGAGCUCCCUGCCUUCAAAACACCGAGAGAAAAUGGAGCUGCACGCGGCCGACUGGGAGAAGCAUUGCAUGAACCUGGAGUUCUCGGAGGGGGAUUUCCAGACAGAAGUGUGAACUUCACAGACUCUUGUGAUUUAGCAAUCUAUAAAUAUAUAAAUAUAUAUAUUUUCACACGGACACUUUGGGAAAAGAAGCAAAAUGAAUCAAAAACAAAGGAAAAAGGACAAUUCCUUCCCUUUCUGGCAGCUUCAUUUGGAUUUUUUUUUCUGGAAACGGCGGCCACUCUUUAGACACUCCUCCGGGAGGGAAGAAGAUGAAGCGGGAGAUGCGCUGACCCUUCUCCGGUCAUCACGCAGACACGGCCAUGCACACAAACACAUAAACACACCUGCCUCACAUGAGGGAGUCCUUCAUUUUACCCCCAACGAUCGUCACUCCUUCUGCUGUCCCCGUUUUACCUGCAAAGGUGUGCCUCGGGGACAUGAACAUGCACCGGAACAUGGACAUGGCUCUCAAAAACCUUGCCAUCCACAAGACCUUCCAGGAAGGACUUUCUCAGGGAGAGAAGAACCAAUAUGGAACUCUCUUGUGUGUUCUCUCUCCCUCUCUCUUUUUUCUAUCUGGAUCUUUCCUCCAGCCAUGCACUGUGUGCAUGGUCAAGGGUCUGGGGCAAACUUCUUGGCCCCAUCUCCAGAUCUUCUUACCUGGGCCAUCCGAGAGGACACCUGGAUGCCUCAGCACCAUCCCCAACACCUUGCCAUCCCACACAAGGCUCCGUCCCCACCGGAAGUCUCCGAUCCUCUCUUUCUCCCCCACUCACCUCUUUUUCCUCUUUAUCCCAGGCCGGGCGGGUGCUGUGUUUGUUGGAAAUAAAAAGAAAAAUCACUCAGUGAACCUUU